AUGGUCUCUGCCAUAUCUGUUCCUGAUUUUCUGUUAUGAAUCCCACAGGCUCCCAAAAGAGGUGUGAAGGCCCCUGUACCUGCGAAGAAGAAACCGGUAUUUGUCGCAUCCCGAGUUCCUUCGUUGCCUGCGUCAUCGCAUUUGUUUCUAAUGUAAUGGAUGGAUGCUUAUGGAUUCUGUCUCUGAUACUCUGGCUACGAUACAGGAGAAGGUGGUCAACCCAUUGUUCGAGAAGCGCCCGAAACAGUUCGGAAUAGGAGGGGCCUUGCCUCCGAAGAGGGACCUGCACCGUUUCGUUAAAUGGCCGAAAGUAGUGCGUAUUCAAAGGCAGAGAAGGAUUCUAAAGCAGCGGUUGAAGGUUCCCCCGGCCUUGAAUCAGUUCACCAGGACUCUGGACAAAAACCUCGGUAAAAAAAUUGGUUUUCAAAGCUUGAUUGUUGAGUUCCAGAUGUUGUUGUUUGAACACAUUUACACUGAUUUCGGAUAACAUCCGCUAAUGACGCAAGAUCUUUGUCGAUAUCUUUACUCACUUUUUGGUAACGUUGUUAUCAUCUGUGACAUUUGAGAAUUAGAUCUGUGUGACGUCGUGAGAGCUUUGGUGGAAAAUGGCCACAUACGAGUAGUCUUGGUCACGUUAGUUUCCAUGGUUGAAGGAUGUUUAUGGAGCGCAUGGCAUUGACAUAGUUAUUUUCACCUCUCCACUUUGAUAUUUGUGGCAUCUGACAUUUUUUUUUUUCAAACAGAAAACAGUAGAUGAAUUGUAGUUUUCUUGUUGCUAAUUUGAUAUGUUUGUUUGGACUAAAAUCGAGUUUCAGUGAAACAAUGAAUGCCAGUGUGUUUGGGAAUUGCGUUAAGAUUAUAUAUGUAUGAUCUCCUUACUCGGAUUCCUAAAAAUCUCCACAUGCAGCAACCAAUCUCUUCAAGAUGCUCCUCAAAUACAGACCAGAGGACAAAGCCGCCAAGAAGGAGAGGCUUCUCAAGAGGGCACAGGCUGAGGCCGAAGGCAAGACCGUGGAGGUUAAGAAGCCCAUUGUUGUGAAGUAUGGCCUGAAUCACAUUACUUACCUUAUUGAGCAGGUACCGCUACCAUUUCUCCUGAUCAUUCUUAAAAACUAGCCCUUUGUAUUCUGAGGAGGUAUAACUUCAUAGAUUUUCAUAGUACCAGCUGUAGUUUGUGAUGAUGUAUUAUUUCAUCUCGUUGUAGAACAAGGCCCAGCUGGUUGUUAUUGCUCAUGAUGUCGACCCAAUUGAGCUGGUCGUAUGGCUGCCAGCUCUGUGCCGGAAGAUGGAGAUCCCAUACUGCAUUGUGAAAGGAAAAGCCCGCUUGGGAGCGGUAAGGAUCUGCCGUAUCAGCCUGAUUUCAUGUGCACAUCUUUCAUGAAGAUUUCACUCAGUGGAUCCUCUUGUUAUCUAUGUCUGGUAGAUCGUUCACAAGAAGACCGCAUCCGUUCUAUGCCUGACUUCAGUGAAGAACGAGGACAAGCUCGAAUUCAGCAAGAUACUGGAAGCCAUCAAGGUGGGCAUUUCCCUCCCUCCCCUUUCUCUCUCUUUCUCUCUCUCUCUCUCUCCCCUUCUUUUCUGUGAGUUUGGUCGAGAGAUGGAUAUGCUUAGCUAACUGUUUGAUGAUGGGCACAGGCCAACUUCAACGACAAGUUCGAUGAGAUCAGAAAGAAGUGGGGCGGCGGCAUCAUGGGCUCCAAAUCCCAGGCCAAGACGAAGGCCAAGGAGAAGCUCAUCGCCAAGGAGGCCGCCCAGAGGUUGAAUUGA